AUGUACUACGAUUACUUAGAGAUGAACAAGCCAGCUGUUCUCGAAAGGGAACGCGAAAUUAUAAGAUGUCAGCAGGAAAACACAACACCAAUUCCACUGAAACUGAAAGCCCACAUCCUACUACACCCAUACAGGGACAUCUUCAAUGGAGAAUUCAACCUGGGCUUCGCACUACCUCGCACCGACACUUGCGCCACCUGCGAUAAACUGGCCCUUAAAGUGCGAUCAUCCGAGGGCGCGGAAAAAGAAAAACUUGAAAAAGAACUCGAGGAACAUCACAAACUUGCCGAAUCUGCAUUUACAAUGCGUAAAGACGACAAGGCACACGCGGUGAGGAGCUGGGUUGGAAAGCCCCGUCCAGUUGGCUCUUCAGGAGUAAAACACUGCAGUAAAGAUGCCGUAGACAUGAUAACUUAUGAUUUUCAACAAAAUCUGGAGACCCCAAACUUACAGCAUAACGAUAUGUUUUAUAAGAGGCAGCUGUGGACCUGCAACUUUGGUAUCCACCAUUGCGUGUCCAACCACGGCUAUAUGUUUAUGUGGGACGAGACGACAGCCAAACGUGGGUCAGUGGAGGUGGCAAACUGCCUGUAUAAUUUCCUCACUGAGUUUAACACUGGAGAGAAGUAA